AUGAUAGGACCGCUAACACUAAUUAGGAUUGGACAACCACCUAUGAUUAGGAUUAGAUGGUUAGAUCCUACCUUGACAGAUGACAAGGACAAUGACUUCAACCAAGACUGGACUGGCAACCUUGAUGAACAGGUUCGGAAGCAACUCUCGGCCGGCGCCACUUCCCAUUCUCCGCUCUGCAGGAUGAGUUCUUCAAACAAUUCCAAGGGAAAAAAGUGCAUCGGAAAUUAUAUAGGUUAUGGAACUACGUAUGUUUCUGAUAAUAACAAAAAUAAGAAUAAUGGAAAUGGAAAUAAUGCAUCAAAAUGCAUUGGAGAUUACAUGGGUUAUGAAAGCACGUAUGCUUCCAAAGACAAUGAUAAUGGUAAUAAUGCAUCAAAGGGGAAAAGCUGCAUAGGAGAUUAUAUGGGUUAUGGAAGCACACAUGUCUCUGAUGAUAAUGGAAACAAUCCAUCAAAGGGAAGCAGCAAGAAGCCGAUCAUAGGCGACCUGAUAGGCUACGGCAAGAAGUCACCUCCCACCAACAACUAAAAAGCCUUCACAUCAUAUCAUCACUCCAUUGUCAGUCGUCUUGUGUUUGUUUCUUGUCUCCUUUGUUAUAUGUAUCCUUUAAAUAAAGCCAUUAUGUGA